UCUGGUCUGAGCAUGUAAGAUGGAACCAUAAACACAUCCUGAACUAGGCUUUACCCCAGUAAACCCCACCGCACAGAGACAUGCUACGUCCCCAUGAGCACAGCUGCGCACGUAUGUUCUUGGAUAUAUAGAUAUCGGUUCUUACAGCGCUAAUUAGGGUUGAGAAGAGGGACGAGAUGACGGCGAGGAAAGACGCUUUCCAGCCACUGUCCAGCUCUCGCAUCCCGGAGAGGAAGGGAGCGGCUGACCGGGGGAAGACUAACCCGGACUGGUCUUAUCCUUUUCCGCAACAGGAGCCGGAGAAAGGCCCUUCGACAACGGGGAUCCAUGCCCAUGUGGUGGGGGCUGUCGGGGGCUCCGGGGCCGUGGAUGAGUCUUCAGACAGCGAGGGAGAACAAGAAGGCCCGCAGAAACUCAUCCGGAAAGUGUCGACCUCCGGACAGCUCAGAAGCAAGACCAGUGUGAAAGAGGGACUGUUGCUGAAACAGACAAGCUCAUUCCAGAGGUGGAAAAAACGCUAUUUCAAACUGAGAGGACGCACACUUUACUACGCCAAAGAUGCCAAGUCUCUGAUAUUUGACGAGGUGGACCUAUCAGAUGCCAGUGUGGCUGAGUCCAGCACUAAGAAUGUUAACAACAGCUUCACGGUGAUCACUCCAUUCCGCAGGCUCAUCCUCUGCGCGGAGAACAGGAAAGAGAUGGAGGACUGGAUCAGCUCGCUGAAGUCCGUCCAGUCCAGAGAGCAUUACGAGACAGCACAGUUUAAUGUGGAACAUUUCUCAGGGAUGCACAACUGGUAUGCCUGCUCCCAUGCACGCCCCACCUUCUGUAACGUCUGUAGAGACAGCCUCUCUGGCGUCACUUCCCACGGCCUGUCCUGCGAAGUGUGUAAAUUCAAAGCUCACAAGCGGUGUGCCGUCAGGGCCACCAACAACUGCAAAUGGACCACACUGGCCUCCAUAGGGAAAGACAUCAUCGAAGACGAGGAUGGGAUUGCCAUGCCCCACCAGUGGCUGGAGGGGAACCUGCCUGUUAGUGCCAAGUGUGCUGUGUGUGACAAGACGUGUGGCAGCGUGCUCCGACUGCAGGACUGGCGCUGCCUCUGGUGCAAGGCCAUGGUACACACAGCUUGUAUGGACUUGUACCCCAGGAAAUGUCCCCUGGGCCAGUGUAAAGUCUCCAUCAUCCCUCCUACUGCUCUCAACAGCAUCGACUCGGAUGGCUUCUGGAAGGCCACCUGUCCUCCGUCCUGCGCCAGUCCUCUGCUGGUCUUCGUCAACUCCAAGAGUGGAGACAACCAAGGGGUUAAAUUCCUCCGACGUUUCAAGCAGCUCCUUAACCCUGCUCAGGUGUUUGACCUGGUCAAUGGUGGACCACAUCUAGGGCUGCGUCUCUUUCAGAAGUUUGAUAACUUCCGGAUCCUGGUGUGUGGAGGGGAUGGGAGUGUCGGCUGGGUCCUCUCUGAGAUAGACAAACUCAACCUCCACAAACAGUGCCAGCUGGGUGUGCUGCCCUUGGGCACGGGAAACGACCUGGCGCGGGUGCUGGGCUGGGGCCCAUCGUGUGACGAUGACACGCAGCUUCCCCAGAUUCUGGAGAAACUGGAGCGGGCCAGCACCAAGAUGUUGGACCGCUGGAGCAUCAUGACCUACGAGAUAAAGCUCCCCUCCAAACACAGCGGGCCCGUCACACCAGACGACACUGACGACGGCCAGUUCCAGAUCUCAGCAUAUGAAGACUCGGUAACUGCCCAUCUCACCAAGAUCCUCAACUCUGAUCAACACUCUGUGGUCAUCUCCUCCGCUAAGAUCCUGUGUGAGACAGUAAAGGACUUUGUUGCCAAAGUGGGGAAAUCUUACGAGAAAAGUAUUGAGAAUACAGACGAGUGUGACACUAUGUCUCUCAAAUGUGCCAUCCUGAAUGAAAAGCUAGAUUCACUCCUCCAGACCCUCAACACAGAAGCCCAGUCACUCCCACCACCUCUUCCCCUUUCCACACCACCAAUCGUUGAAGAGGAGGAAGAGGAGGAAGACGAGGAGGAGGAGGUGAGCGAGGAGUCGUUGACCGAGCUGAAGGAGAAACUGGAAGCGGAGGAGAGCGAAAAGGGAGGAGAGAAAGGAAGAGGUUCGCCACACAAGCUGUUCAGAGCUAAAGAACAGCUGAUGUUACGAGCCAACAGCCUGAAGAAGGCUGUACGACAGAUCAUUGAACAGGCCGAGAGAGUGGUGGAUGAGCAGAAUGCCCACACAGAGGAGCUGGAGCUGCCGUCCCCGUUGGAGUUCAGGAAGGAAGGAGAGGAGGACAACAGGGACAGUGAGAAGGACGAGGACACCAAGGAACUGGAAGCCGUGCCAUUGGCUAAGAGUCCAUGUUCUCCUCCUGAGAGGCAUGUAAGUCGCAGCAGCCAAUCCUGUGGCUCGUUCUCCAUCACGCCCUUCACCACUAGCAAGGAGAACCUGCCUGUACUCAACACACGCAUCAUCUGCCCUGGUACAUCCUACGGUUUGCGUGCUGGUCUGGCAGCUUCUAUAGCUGGUAGCUCCAUCAUCAGUAAGAUGCUGCUGGCCAACAUCGACCCAUUUGGUGCUACGCCCUUCCUGGACUCUGACCUGGACUCAAUAGAGGGCUUUAGUGAGAAGUGUGUCAUGAACAAUUACUUUGGCGUUGGGCUGGAUGCUAAGAUCACCUUGGAGUUCAACAACAAGAGGGAGGAACACCCAGAGAAGUGCCGGAGUCGUACUAAGAACAGGGUGUGGUAUGGUGUUCUGGGCACCAAGGAGCUCCUCCAGAGAACCUACAAGAACCUAGAACAGAAGGUUCAACUGGAGUGUGACGGUCAGUACAUCCCCCUGCCCAGCCUUCAGGGCAUCGCGGUGCUGAACAUCCCCAGCUACGCCGGAGGAACCAACUUCUGGGGAGGCACCAAGGAGGAUGACAUCUUCUGUGCCCCGUCGUUCGAUGAUAAAAUCCUGGAGGUGGUAGCAGUGUUCGGCAGUAUGCAGAUGGCUGUGUCCAGAGUCAUCAAACUACAACACCACCGCAUAGCACAGUGUCGCUCAGUGAAGAUCACGAUCCUGGGAGAUGAGGGUGUUCCUAUCCAAGUGGACGGAGAGGCCUGGGUACAACCUCCUGGUGUCAUCAAGAUCCAACACAAGAACCGAGCCCAGAUGUUGACGAGAGACAGGGCGUUUGAGAACACUCUGAAGUCGUGGGAGGACAAGCUGAAGUAUGACAAACUGCCCUUGCGGCCUCACCUCUACUCCCAGCAGUCUGUGGAUCUGGCCACUGAGGAGGAGGUAGCCCUCGUACAGCUGGUUGCACGUGCUGCGGACGAGCUUAUCACCAGGAUCUGUGAGGCAGCCAAGACCAAUGGGCUUCUAGAGCAGGAGCUUGCUCACGCCGUCAACGCCUCGUCACAUGCCAUCAACAAGACGCACCCCAAGUUCCCAGAGAGUAUGGCCAGGAACACAGCUAUAGAAGUAGCCAGCAAUGUGAAGGCUUUACACAACGAGACUGAAUCCCUUCUGGUGGGACGGGUAUCACUGCAACUGGAACCAUCAGAUGAAGAGUCUUUAUCCAGUGCUCUGCAGAGUGUGGAGAUGGAGCUAGGCAAACUCGUGGAUAUCCCCUGGUUAUACCAUAUACUGCAGCCCAAUGAAGAUGAGGACCCCUCAUUAGAGUAUGGCAAGAGGAACAGUCGUAGCAGCAUGUUCAGAAUUGUGCCAAAGUUCAAGAAAGAGAAAGCUACCAAGAAGACCAGCCCUCAGUCAGUCGAGAGAUGGGGCACAGAGGAAGUGGGCGUCUGGCUGGAGCAACUCAGUCUGGGAGAGUACAGAGACACCUUCACACGCCACGACAUCCGAGGCUCGGAACUGCUGCACCUGGAGAGGAGGGACCUGAAGGAUCUGGGGAUAUCGAAAGUGGGUCAUAUGAAGAGAAUUCUUCAGGGAACUAAGGACCUGGCUAAGACCGCCAUGAUUGACCUCUAACCCAGAAGUAGUUGGAGAGGAAGUGCCCCUCCACCACAGAGGAAGAAUUUUGGAGCUCCGCAGGAAGAGCUGAAUGCCUGGUAUCUUGGGAUGAAUGGAUGGAUUUGAUCCUUUGGAUGCAUUUGGGAAGGCUGUUUCAGAGAAGCUUUAGAACAGAAAUGUUUUAGUGAGGCUGUGAUUGGUGCCAAAAUGGAAGAUGGAACUUGAAAGCUGUUGACAGUGCAAAGAAGGAAGUCAUGGAUCUUCACAAAAAGCCAUUUUUCUAAAAUCAUAUUACCAUUCAUGGCACAAUCAGGUAUGCAACUUAUCAUCAUUAGAAAAGUUUGAUUGGUCGCCUGGCAUCGUAGAGAAGGCCCAAUCCAAGUAGCAACAAGGUGACUUCCAUGAGUGUGUCCUACCAGCAGGGAGUGAGUGUGUCCAGUUCAAUACCGUAUGGCUUUGUGAUUGGCUUACUGGCCCUUUGCUUAACAGUAGAUGGCUACAGAUGCAACACGACAGUCACAAUAUCCUGCUUUCACUGUUUACACCAGAGGAGAUGGCCUACGUCCCAAAUGGCACCCUAUUCCCUAUGUGGAGCUCUACUUUUGAGUGGUGCACUAUGUAGGGAAUAGAUGUGCCCUGGGAGAAGGAGAGAUGCAACAUCACAACCUAAAGAGAGUGAAGCGAGGUCUCUGAAAACAGUGAGACAUAUGUUGCAUGCUAUGCUAGCUUGACUUUGGAUAUCUAUUUGGAAUUGCAUGAAUAGUGUUUAGAUUUUUUUGGUGUAAAAAGAUAACACUUGAACAAGUUUUUUUGUUUGUUUUAUAUGACUUUAGUAUUAUUAUGCCAUUUGUUACUACUGAAAGCAUCAUUUUAGUUUGAAUAGAAAAAAAGUGUUGAUGACUUCUAUUUAUUUGUUUUUGCAUGAUGGUUCUGUGUCAAAGACCCAUGUCGUGUGCCAUAUUUUAGUCAUUUUAUUGUAAAUGUGCUUUAUUGGUAAGAAAACAUCAGAAUUUAAGACAAGUUAUCAGAUUACAUAUUAGGAGUUAUGUUUUGUCAUUUGACACGUUUUCUGUUGAUGUGAAAAUCAGUACCAAAGUGAAUGUCCAAGACACUUCCGAGCUUAAAUGUUAACUUUGAAAGUAGUGAAAAUAUUGUUAUAAUGUGUUUGAGAUAAAUAUCAGUUACGUAUAGAGGGAGUGAAUUUGCUGGUUGUAAAAGCCAACAAUUUCAUAUUUUUAUGGAAUACUUAAUAGGCACUUUUCCAUUUUGGGUGUUUGCAAAGAUACAUCAUCAUAUCAGUAGAUACAUUUCACUUCAAUCUUUAGCAUUUAAACAUUUCACAGAGUAACACUAUGGUAGUGGGGAUAGGAGUUAUACAUUGAUUUAAGUAGAGCAGCUGAGGAGCAAAGGAGUCUUGCAAAUGUGCAGCCUUUCUAAAUUGCUCAGUGUGAUAUGUAAUGUUAAUAGGACACUUAUUUUGUUAGAUUGGUUGCAUUACAGGGUAUAUUUGUAUGUGAUGCUAAGUAUGCAUUGUAUAUAUGCAAUCUAAACCAGUGUAUGCAUACACUGUUAGUAGCUAUUCUAGUCCAAUGCCUUUUAUAGAUUGCUGACAUGUCAUGAAGUGGCAACAGCUAACACGUUUUGAUGACAUUGUUUAUCCAUUUGCGCCAUAAACACCAAUUGUAGAUGAUUGUUUUUGUUAAGUAGACGAAUCUCUCCUGUAUGUGUUUUAAUGCUGUUGUAUUUGAAUGGAGGUGCAAUACUGUAGUGGUUUUCAUACAGUUUCUCUGACGAGUUGUUUCGCUGUGGGGAAAACCGAAAGGGUUUUGUAUACACGGACGGGCUUUUAAAUGAAAGAGCGUUUUUUUAACUAGUUCAUUUCGAUUCAAAAAUUCUUCCAACAUCUCACUGGUUUUUAGUCUCGUUCCUCUGUGCUUCCAGGAUGAUUCUCAAAGCAGGGAAUCAUAGACUGUUGAACGGGCAGACCUGACUGUUGAACGGGCAGACCUGACUGUUGAACGGGCAGACCUGACUGUUGAACGGGCAGACCUGACUGUUGAACGGGCAGACCUGACUGUUGAACGGGCAGACCUGACUGUUGUUCUAUGUGUUUCUACACCAUCCUUUGUAUGUUCAUUUACAUCAGCUAAAUACUUAGCAACAACUGUAUGUUUAUCAAUUGGUCCAAUGAUUAUUAUGAUGAUCAUUUUUUACCUGGAACAAAACUGUUCAUGUCAGGAUCUUGGCUUUAUUGUACAGUCCUCCUGUACCCCAAUAUCUACUAUCAAAUGGAAAUAGGAAAUGAUCAUUUCAUGAUCACAUGGUAAUUACAUUUAGGCUUCUUUGGGAUUCAUUGAGAAAGAAAUGAAUCUUUUUGGUACCAGUUGGUUACCAAUUGUGUUCAUUUAUUUGAAGUCGGCGCCAGAAAGUAGCUUGUAUCUAAUACUCCAUAAUUGUGCAGUGUGAAUGUAGGACUGUAAAAUAAAGCAUUCCCUACAAUAUUCUUAGAGGGUGCCACAUAUCACAACUUGAAAUUCCUAGUUUCCCACCAACCUCUCUUUCGGUGACUUCUUUAAGAGAAUUGACAUUAUCAAGAAGCAUAUAGACUAUCCUCACAGUCAAGUAUUUUUUUAAUAACAUGAAACCCAAAUCAUGAGGCCUUUAAAUGUCCUGAAACACAAACUUUUUUUUCUAGUCCUACCUUAGCAAAAAAAUAGUCUAGACAAAUUAAAUGUGCUUUAUUGCAAGUAUGAUUGUUGUAAAAAAAAAAAAUAAUAAUAAUUCAAGUUCAUAGCCCCAAGCUAGCUAGGUUCCUAACCAAAGAUAUGAAUUAAACAUAUUCUGAACUUUCAAUCUUUUAUGAAAUCCUAAGUACCCAACCCACAAUUCUUGAUCAUUAAGUGUAUGUCAGUCAUUGUGUGACAGUCAGAUGACGAUCAGUUCUUUGUUUGUGCCACAGUCAUGUCUUGUUGUCUUUAAGUGGCUUUGUUAUGGGCUGGUAUCACAGACAUAUUGAAUAUGGAUUCAUUUUAAGUAGGCCUAGCUCUUGUUCUCAGAGUGGUUUAACAUUCCAAUACAUAGUUCUGUAUUCAUAUUAAAACCACAUUUUCAGUAAUCUGAAUUCAAGUGCAAUCUAGGUAGUUUAUGUCUGUGUUUUCAGCUCAAAUGUGCGUUUUCUCACUGCAGGUCAAACUCAAAAGCUUUAGUUCACAGGCUAUGUGUGUCUGUCUGAAGGGUCUCUGCCUGGUUUUGCAUGACUGUGUUAGACCCCACUCCAGGCUUAGAGACAGAGAGCGCUUGAGUUCUCCAACCUGGGGAGAGGUUUCCCGUACGCACAGAUCUAAGAUCAGCUUACCUCCCCCAAUCCUUACCAUAACCAUUAGAAGGGGAAAACGCAAAACUGACCUUAGAUCAGCAUCCAAGGGCAACUUCAACCUACUCCAUGUUUUCCAGUGUUGUGUAUAUAUAAUGCUGCAAACUGCCUGGUUUUCAUAAACCAACCAAACCCUAUGUGAGGAUAUUUUAGGAUGAUGGUCUAUAACAUGGUGGAAGAGAAGUGAGUUUCAUUUGUUUACAUUAUGUUUACAAUGGCACAGUUUUAAGAAUACAUAUACAUAGAUAUACAAUAUUUGCAUAUUUAUUGCCUAAGGUUAAACAAUAUGAUGAUGUGUAACUGUGUUUUCAUCUUUGGAAUAUAAUGUUACAGUUGUGACCUGUGUUGCUAUCUGGAUGAUUUUGGUAAAGUAGUUGGUCAUUUUUAUGACUAAUAAGUGACUGUUUGCUGUGCCUUUUUAUGGUUAGAAUGCAUGGUUAACUAUUUAUUACAAUAUGGAAGUCACUGAGAUGUGUAUUUUUGUAUUCUGAUUAAAUAAAUGGUUCAA